AUGAAACAGCUUCUCAUUGGAUUUUACCUGCUUCCCACUGUAUUCUCUUUGAAUAUCUUACUCUUCCUUCUUGGUACCAAUCAAUAUGAACGAAAUACAUUUGAGAUUCUAGCUCAACAGUUAGCUUUAAGACAUCAUGAGGUAAUAACAGUCAAACCAAUUUUGAUUCCGGAAGAGCCUCGCUUAGUCAAACCCAAACUUCAUCUGGUUAAAGAGAAAACGCUCAAGAACUUAUUGAAUCGUAAACUUUAUGAGCCUUUGGAAAAGAUAGGAAACAAGAUUCCAUGGCAAAAGGAGUACUCUAUUGACUCUCAUUUAGACGCGUACUGGGAAGCUCAUAACGCCAGUUGUUACAAGAUCUUGAAUUCAAAUCUCGUUGACUCUCUCAGAAAGGAAACCAUUGAUGUUUCUAUUGUAUACGCUGGCAACCCAUGCCAAUUAGCAAUCUCCUACGUUCUUGGAUUGCCAACCAUCUACUUCGAUGUUGAAGGAACUACCGAUGAGACACUCAUUGCUUCUGGCACACCAUUGGACUUAGAUAUCCCCGCUUCUCAUUGCAUUGUCUCACCCAACGCUCCUUUCAAACGCUUGCGAAAUGCUGUUUGUUAUUUGAAAGAAUACAUUGCUCAGAAUGAUAUUCCAAUCCUUUCCAAUCUCGUUUCACCAAGACGACAAGCGCUUGAUGAGAUCAUUGGGAAAAUGUGGGCAACAGAUUACAGUAUCAAGAAGAAAUAUCCCAAUUUUCCUUCCAUGGACAAGUUGAAGAGAGAAUCCUCCUUGUUCUUCGUUAACACUGAUCCCAUCUUAGAGUAUUCUCGUAGUUUCCCUCCUCAUGUUAUUCCUGUCGGAGGAAUCCAUCUUGAUUUUCCUAAACCAUUAUUUGCGCCAUGGAACACAACAAUAGCCGCGGCCAAAGAUGGAUUGAUUAUUGUGAGUAUGGGAACGCAGGUCAAUGGGACAGCAAUGAGCAAAGUACAAGCAAAGGCUAUGCUGGGAGCUCUAUCUCAGCUUAAAACCUACAGAAUCUAUUGGCGUAUUGGUGGAAAUGUUCGUUUAGAUGGCAUUGAUGAAGCUGAUGUACCCAGCCAUAUCAACCUUACUGCAUUCAUCCCACAAAACGAUUUACUCGCUCAUGAAUCAUGUAAGCUUCUCAUAACCAACGGAGGAGUCUCUUCUAUCAUGGAAGCUAUCACUUACGGUGUUCCAAUGGUUGGAAUACCUUUGUAUGGCAUGAAUAAACAUAACUUGGAUAAGGCAGCUCACAAGGGAGUCGCUACAAUUGUGGACAAGGCUGAUCUUUCAGAGAAAAGUUUACUGAAAGCAAUCAAAUCUGUUUUAGAAAGUCCAAAAUAUAGAACGAAGGCAAAGGACAUGGCUAAAGAAAUAAAAAAUCGAGGAAGUAAGCCUUUGAUUCGAGCCAUUCAUUACAUUGAACAUGUUGCACGUCAUCACAAAGCUGCCUUCUUAGAACAUUCAACCUCCAAUCUGUUCUAUACAUUGAACUUGGAUCUCUACCUUGCCAUAUUUGUUGUUAUUUUAUUUAUUUUCAUUGUCUUCAAGUCUAUUCUCAAAUUGGAACACAAUAGACAGGAACGACGGAACUUAAAACAUCAUACAUUCCAAGUUUGUCAAGACGAUGAGAAAUGUGCUUCAUGCUUCCAACCUUGCAAGUUCUUCCAUUCCCAUGACUUCACUAAAUGUAAAGAGGAUUCUUGUCAGUCGCCUCAAGCAAAGCGAGAAUGUGAUCGUUCCUGUGACUUCCUUCAAUUCACCUACAUUGAAAAGCCAGGACGUUGCCCAACGGAAAGUAAUUCUUCACAAUAUGAGUGUUCAGCCAGCUGUCAUUUGGAUGGAGACUGUGGAGAAACGUCCAAAUGCUGUACUUAUGGUUGCAAUCGUCAGUGUACUAAGCCCACAUUCGAGCUAAGCACUUCACUACUGCCAGUUCCCAAAAAUUUGACAGUUGAAGAGAGAAAAGGAAAAAGAUCUGUUAUGGUUCGGUGGGAUAUGAAUAGGAACAUCAGUCAUAGCAUUACAACACUUUUCGUAAUCGAGUGGCGGUGGAGUCUUUACCCAUCAGAAUCCUGGACCGAAUGGCAAACUGUUACAACGAGGACGAAGGCAUAUGCCAUUUUGAAACAUUUGAUAUCAGCUGGUCGAUACUACCAAUUCCGAGUUGCCGCUGUCAACAGCCAAGGGAGCUUAGGAUUUAGCGCCCCUACUGAACCCUUUAAGCUUUCACGAGAGGUUGAAGCCCCAUCAGCUCCGAGAAGUUUGAGUUUGGGACAAGUGGAGAUGAUGAAUGGCCUAUGGAAUCAAAAGAUUCAAUGGCUACAGCCUGUCAGCGACUUACCCAUUAAGUCUUACCAGAUCCUCUGGGCUCCAUCACCUGUGGAGAGUGAAGAAGAGUUCUCUGAGUUUCUUCGAAAGGCUCCAGAACCUGAGGAGGAUGGUGCAGAUGAAAAACCAUCAUGGCAUAUAAACGGGACAGAGGAGCUGCAUCUCUUUGCUGUUUCCGGACUUGAAACACAAGCUCAGCUGGUUGGACUUCUUCCAAAUCAAUCUUACUUUGCUGAAAUUUACGCCAUAGCUGAGUCCGAGAAUGGAGAAGUCCAAGGAGACAAGAGUGUUAUCUUUCUCAACGCCUUGGAAAAAACUGAUCGAAAGAUGACAACUGAGACUCCAAGUCUUCACUUGAACGUACCAACUUCUGAAGAUGGAGAAGAACGUCAGAGCAUAGUGAUCGAACCCGUUCAUUAUGAUUCCGGCUUGAUUACAACUGCAAGCUGGUGGGACUCUAGAAUCUGUGGACCUGUUCGUACCAAGUACAUAGUCCAAGUCAAACGAGGUGAAUGUCGUGAGUAUGAACCUCAUCAUCAUCUUGACAACAAUUGGCAAGAAACACGGACUGGUGAUUGCGAUAUCCAACUGCGGGGCUUAUCGUUCGACUGUGAUUAUGACAUUACUAUCUCCGAUAAGAAGAAUGGCCAGAUGAUCAGAAGCAAUUUCACCACUCCAUCGUGCUCUGCUAUUGCCAUACAUAGCAAAGUAGACUGUACAGCUUUGACAACACCCUUGUUCUGCUCAACCAGAAGACAAACCGUCAUUUGCCAUUGGACAAAGCAUUUGAAUGAUUUAGCGACUUCUUCAUCUUAUACUAUAAUUGGCUAUCGGAUAGCAUUAACAUCAUCAGCUCAAAGUUUGAAUAACAUAACCAUCAACCCUCCAAAUGAACGGGAAGCUCGGUUCGAAAAAUUGAAACCAUUUGAAGUGUACUCAGUAGAGGUUCAAUCCAUAACGAAUCGAGGCUUUGGACAAGCUGCUUCUGUCAACUUCGUAGCAUCGUUUGAACAUUUUUCUGAAAACGAGAUAAUGCAAUUUCCUGAUGGACAGAUGAUUGAACUACCGUUGUCCUCAUCAUCCAUAUCUCCACACUUCCUUCUCUUCUCCCUAUCUUUCCUCCUAAUUAGCAUAAUUAUUACAUAA